AUGGGCGCCGCGGCGGGAUGCGAUGGCGGCGAGCGGGCGGGCGGGGGAGAGGCGAGGAGCGAGAGCGAUGGCGGCGGCGAGGGCGAGAGGUGGUGCGGGAUCUGCCUGGACGACGUGGGGGCGCGCGCGCUGCAGCAGGGCGCGCUGGACUGCUGCGACCACCUCUUCUGCUUCCCCUGCAUCCUCAAGUGGUCGCAGGUACCCGCUCCCGCGCGCCAUUGCGCCUACCUGCGCAUAUCCCGUUCGUUUUCGCGCAUCGCGUCACACCACCGCGACUCCGUCACUCGUUGCAUCGCGUCUCGCUCAAGAACAGUGGACACUGAAGCCGAUGCUGAGCUGGCAGCGGAGCUGGCAUCAGCUGACCUGGCAGCGGCAGCGGCAGGUGGAGCGUUGGAGCCGUACAGCGAUGCGGGGUGCAUGGAGUGCGGCGGCAGCAGCGACGAGCGGCUGUUGCUGCUGUGCGACCGCUGUGACGGCGCGGCGCACACGUACUGCGUGGGGCUGGGCUCCUCCGUGCCGCGCGGCGACUGGCUCUGCCCCCCCUGCGUCUCCGCCCUCGCCCGCUUGCUCGCAGGCGACGCACAGCACGGCGCGCAGGGGGCGCAGGGGGGCGAGGGGGCAGCGGUGCCAGGGAGGGGAGGAAGGGCGGUGAGCAGGGAGCGAGGUGGGGGAAUGGGGUUGGGCGGGGGAGGAGGAGUGGGAAGCUCUGUGGUGGCAGAUAGCGAUGAAGGCAGUGGGUGGGAGGACGAUGAGGAUGUGGAAGAUGGGGGAGGCGAGUACGCGAGUGAGGAGGAUGAGGAUGAGGAUGAGGCAGGGGUGGCGGCCAGGCAGAGGCAGCAGGUGGCGCAGCUGAGGAGCAACAACCGGUGGUCGGUUGCAGGGGCAGGGGCAGGGGUGCGGAGUCAGCAGGCCAGCAGCAGCGCUGGCAGCUAUGGUGGGCUUGCUGCUGCUGCUGCCACCGCUGUCCCUGCUGCUGCUGCUGGUGGUGGCGGCGGUCCCAUGCGUGUGUCCCCGCCAUCCAUCCACGACAUUGUCAGCCCCGCUCUGCCAUCGUCUCCUGCUGGCCGCCAUGCUGCCUUGCACGCCAGCGCGCACAGCAGGGGGGGCGUGGGGAAUGCGAGUGCGGUGGGAGGGAGGGCGAGCGGAGCGGAGGAGGAUGAGAGGGCGUGGCGGCAGUUUGAGAGGGCGCGCAUGGCUGCUGCUGCCCUGGGCCGUGGCGCUGCUGCCAGCCUCACCAGGAGUGCAGCACGCGGUGGUGCGAUGGUAGAGGGAGGCAGAGGGGCAGGGUUGGUGGGUGGUGGAGCGAGAGGGUUGAGGGGCGGCAUGGCAGGGAGGGCGCCCGCUGCAUUAGUGCCGUUACGUGGUGCGGCGGUGGUUCAUGGCAGCAGUGGCAGCAGGAGUGGCAGGGAUGGCGAUUCCACGGCAUCACUAUGCGCAUCCACGUCAGCAGCAUCAGGCGGCAGCAGCCUUGUGUCAUCUGCCCUGCUCGCUGCCUCGCGUGCCCUGGCGGCCAAGCAGGCAGCAGCAUCAGCUGCCACCUCCUCCUCGCUACCUCCCAUGCCCUCCCUCUCCUCCCUCUCCACGCCUUCUGUGCCCUCGCUCCCGCCCGCCCCUCUUUGCCCUGCGCGCCCCCCAACAAUGCCACGUGGUGCGGCUUGUGAGAGGAGGGCGCUGCAGGUGAACGGCAGUGACGCGGGGCGAUGCAUGCGCACGGGGAGAGGCAAUGGGACAAGAGAAGAGGGGCGGGACAGUGGCGAGGGGACGUAUGUGAGAGUGGGAGAGUUGGGGCGGAAGGUAAAGGCUGAGACGGGGGUUGAGGAAGGGGAGAGAGGGUGUGGGAUGUUGAGCAGUGGGGAGAAGGUGGCACAGGGAGGGGGCGAGUGGAGAGGUGUGAAAGUGGAGUGCUGUGCUGGUGAUGAUGCGGCUGACCGUUGUGGGUCAGGGCGCAAGGUGGCGCAAGGACCGAGCACAGGCAAGGCUGAUGACGCUGCUGGUAGUGCCGAGGAGGAGAGGAGCGCAUGGGCGAGAGGUGAGGAGGGGUAUGGCGUGCGGAGCUGCAGGGCAACUGGGAACACGGAUGGAGGCAGCAGCAGCUUGGUGCCGUUGGGGCGAGCAGACCGUGGCAGUGGCGAGGAUGCAGUGAGAGGCGCAACCAAGGGAGGAACGAAUGACAUGAGUGCGAGUGGUGAGAGCAAGGGUGGUGGAGGUGGGAGGGGCGAUGGGGAGGUGAAACCAGAGAGGGGCACUGGGAGCAGGAGCAGCGAGGGGGCAAGGGAGGAGAGGGAGGCGGUGGUGCGUGCAGUGAAGCGAUAUCUGCAUCCCCUCUAUACAAACAAAACGAUAGGCCGUGAGCAGUUCAAGCACGUGGCACGCGCCGCCACGCACCUCUUCUGGGACCGCAUGGGCGCUGCACCACCGGCGCUCGCAGCAUCUCCCUCUCUGUUUCGUGUUGAUACGGACCAAAUGCUUAGAUUCAAUGCUUGGAUUGGUUGGGUGGGUAUUUUGAAAAUUCCUUUUGAAUGGUCUUACCGCUAG